UGUCAAUGUCCCCCAAAAAAUCUGUUGUUGGUAAGGUAGGUAAAAUAGUUGUAGGUAAGGUAGGCUGAAGCGUCUGCGGGUUUCAUAUGAAAUCGCAUGCGCAUGAUGUCCGUGUCAAGUGUGGCGUAAGGAAAAAUAAUAUUUUGGCUUUCGGGGGCCUAAACUUUCGAAAAUGCAUAAACUAAAAUUUUCCCAGAGGGAUAAAGUUAAAAAGUUUAUAAAUUUCACACAAACGGGAGAGCAGACAGCAAUUUAUUGCUUGAGCCAAAAUGACUGGAAACUAGACUUAGCAAGUGACAACUACUUUCAAAAUCCCGAGGCAUAUUAUAAAGAGCCUAAGAAUUCGGUAGAUAAGAAAAAGCUCGAAAUAUUAUUUAAUAGAUACCAAGAUUCCACAGAAUCUGACAAAAUAACUGCAGAUGGGAUCAUGAAAUUCCUGGACGAUCUAAGCUUAAGUCCUGAAAGUAAAUUAGUUUUGAUAAUCGCCUGGAAAUUUAGAGCAGAAACGCAGUGUGAGUUCACCAAAGAUGAAUUCAUGAAUGGCAUGGUGGAUUUAGGUGUAGACAGCAUAGAUAAACUCAAGGUGCGUCUAGGUAAUUUAGAAAGUGAAAUUCGUGAUCCUCUAAAGUUUAAGGACUUCUAUCAUUUUACAUUUAAUUACGCUAAAAAUCCCGGCCAAAAGGGAUUGGAUCUUGAUAUGGCAAUUGCUUACUGGAAUAUUGUACUCGAUGAUAAAUUCAAGUUUCUCCCUCUGUGGUGCCAGUUCUUGCAGGAACACCACAAAAGGUCCAUUCCAAAAGACACGUGGAAUUUGUUGUUAGAUUUUGCGCUCAUGAUAAACGCCAGCAUGACAAAUUACGAUGAAGAAGGAGCCUGGCCAGUGUUGAUCGAUGAUUUUGUGGAGUGGGCACAACCACGACUUCCUCAGACUCUUUAACCCUAUUUUAAUGAGGUCAUUAAAAUUCAGUUUGAAAUCUAUAUUUAUUUAGUUACUACAGCGCGCAAUCUCUAAUCUCUGGAUACUGUUAUUCCCAUUGCCAAUAUUGAUUUGUACACAGAAUUAGACACGCGCUCUGAAAAUUCAUGAAUAUCUCAAUUUAUCUUUUAUAUUUGCUUUUAUAGGAAAUCAAAUUUAUUUCUAACGAAACCAGUCUUCGUCUAUUUCUGCCUAAAUUUCAUCUGCUUUAAUUUAAUCGAUUGAUUGCCAGAAACAAGUAUAAAAUCAUAGUACAACAUUUCUGACACAGUUCAGAUUGAAAAAUUUAUUUUUACAAGUAAAUAUGAGAAGUAAUAUUUAAUUCAGCAUUAUAACUGUGUGCAAAGCAAUAUCUUUGGGGUAUUUUCGUAUGUAUAAAAAUUGAGAAUAUAAAAUUGUUGCUCAAUUACCAAAGCUGUACAAAACGUCAUUGAACAAGAUUUUCGAAUUGGAUUAGAGGAUCAGAUAAAUCAAGUGGAAGGUAUGGCAGAAAAUCAAUUUAUGCGUUUUACAGAUUGUGAUUGCUAGAGGACUGUAAAAAAGCUACCGAUGAAGAUACGCCCUAUGCACUUAAAAGUGAUGUACUUGUACCAUAUAAGUAUGUUGAGUAUACAAAGCAAAUUACUAGUUCUUUUCAAACUCCAGGCGAGAUAUUUUUUUGCUUUUAUAGUACCAAAUUUUAUUAUUUAUAAUCACGUUUCGGUACUCUCAAGAGUAAAAUAAAUUACGUUUCUUUUUCUAUUCCUGAUAUAUUUAAAUUUCAUUUCCAUUUGUAUAGGGAUUACUAGAGAUGUAAAGAACUCAAAACAGAAACAGAAUUUAACAAAGAGGAAUUAAACAUUAACAUUUUAGCUUGAAACGUUUAACGCUCUACUCAAUUAAAAAAAUGUUACAUCUCUAGGGAUUAGACACCCUUCUUUGUCGAUGUAAAAUGUUUCAUGGUGUUAUGCGAGGUGUAACGUGUAACCAGUUACUUCAGAAUUUAUCCUCGAUAUAUUGACAUGCAUAGGAAAGACGGUACAAUAAUUUCACGAUAGGCUGAUUGAAGCGCCGUGAACGAUUAACAAAUAUAAUUACUGGAAUCUUAAAUAUAUUUACUAUACUGGCUUCUUUUCGUGCCUGGUUAAAAUAUAUCCUAAGUGUGAAUUCCCUGUAGAAGAAUUUUAAACCAAUUAAAGGAUAAGUUUUAACGAGAUGUAAAGAAAUCAGGGUUCAAGGCAAUUUGCAUUUUUCAAAUGUGAUAUUCAUCCACCAUGAACUAGUAUUUUUUCAUAGCCGAUGCAACAACUGUGAUUACAGAUAACGCUCGUGUGUUUUAAUAAUCAAUCUGUAUUUCUACAUAUUAGAUACAAAAACGUUCAACGUAAUUAAUUGUAAAAGUUCAAACGACAUUCAUUAAGUUCCUCCAAAUUUUACACUCCAUCAGAACACCUUUUGUGAUAAAGUAUAAAAAGGUGACAUAUUUACAUUAGAAAUCUUAGAUAUUUCAGGAUCAUUCCGUCUCUAUUUUACUGAUGCUUAAACACUAGAAUAGCUACACACUUGGAAAUGAAGAAACAUAUUGUUUUGUAUGUACAAUAUGAAUCUUUCGUAACAUAGUUACAAUAUCAUUGAUUUAUGGAAAAAGAGAUUUAUAUCGUAUAUUUACGUAAUUCUUAGACAUCACUAGAUGUAAUAGUAACAAGUUCUUCGUUGACGUUUAAUGUCUUCAUACAUUUUCAUUUUAGAUGCUCAUACGUUUGCGUGUAACGUAAUUCAGAAGAGUGUGCAUACAAAUUGUUAAUGCUAGGUAACAUUUAUGCAGUGCUGAAGGAAUUAAAAACCUUUGUUUUUAAUUUCCAAAAUACGAUAUUUUAAGUCGCUACAUACAAUGUAAUUGAAAAUCGACAUUAGAGUCUUUGAUAUUAUUUUCUUGAAGAACUUACUUCAGCAUUGCCGGAAUAAAUGCGCAGGGUUUGAAAAGCCCAUAGGAAGGUUGUAAAUAAUGUAAAUAAAUUCGUCGUUAUAUUAAUCUGUUUAGUUGGAUUAAAUAAAUCAUUUUAGUGAGAA